UGGCCGGGCAUUGGAGCUUGAUUGGGCGUCUGUUGAUUUUACGUGGCAAAGAAGAAGGCAGCCACCCCGCUUGUCUUUCCGUAAUUACAUCCCCGCGAAGAGAGGUUCAGCAAAGCGGGAGGCUGAGCUCGGAAACUCCCAGGGCUGGAAGGUGUGAUCCCCCAAAAGUUUAGUCGGCGAAUGGGAGACGGAAGGGGGACGGGCAGGGGGCAGGCGCGCCCGGGGUGCUUGCAUGGGGCGCGCGGCGGCCGCAUCUUGAAAGCGCUGCUCGUCGGAUUGUCUGCCCCGGUGACCUCCCGGACCGGCCCCGGCGGAAUCCGGACCUGCCCCGCCGGGAUGAUGAGGACUAAUCCUGCGGCGGGGCUGACUUCAAGGACGUGACUUGUUGGCCUCAUCCCAAUAUCAGAACCUCAGCUGUUAUUCUGUAUUUGGCACCCUUCUAGGCAACUUGACUUUAGAUGGCAACAAGAUGGAAUCUUAGAGGUCUGAUGGAAAUUCACUGUGAUAUUCACAUCAAGAGAGCUUGCUGAAACUCACUGACCCUCUUCUCCAUGGGCCCUGAUGGUCGCCUCCAGACGGUGGAGCCUCAGGUGGUCCUUUUUCUUCUGUGGCAAGAAUAAGCAUCGGGUCUCGACCUGCCACCCCACCCGUGGAGAAAAUGGUAUGCGAGGGAAAGCGAUCGACCUCUUGCCCUUGUUUCUUCCUCCUGACUGCCAAGUUCUACUGGAUCCUCACCAUGAUGCAAAGAACUCACAGCCAGGAGUAUGCCCAUUCCAUCCGACUGGAUGGGGACAUCAUUCUGGGGGGUCUCUUUCCUGUCCAUGCCAAGGGAGAGCGAGGGGUGCCUUGUGGGGAACUGAAGAAGGAAAAGGGGAUCCACAGACUGGAGGCCAUGCUUUAUGCCAUCGACCAGAUUAAUAAGGACCCUGAUCUCCUCUCGAACAUCACUCUGGGUGUCCGGAUCCUUGACACGUGCUCCAGGGACACUUACGCUCUGGAGCAGUCGCUCACUUUCGUGCAGGCUUUAAUCGAGAAAGACGCUUCCGACGUGAAGUGUGCGAAUGGAGAUCCACCCAUCUUCACCAAGCCCGACAAGAUUUCUGGCGUCAUAGGUGCUGCAGCCAGCUCCGUGUCCAUCAUGGUUGCUAACAUUUUAAGACUUUUCAAGAUACCUCAAAUCAGCUAUGCAUCCACAGCCCCAGAGCUUAGUGAUAACACCAGGUAUGACUUCUUCUCUCGGGUGGUUCCACCUGACUCCUACCAAGCUCAAGCCAUGGUGGACAUUGUGACCGAAUUGGGGUGGAAUUAUGUGUCAACACUGGCAUCCGAAGGCAACUAUGGAGAGAGUGGCGUGGAGGCCUUCACUCAGAUCUCGAGGGAGAUUGGUGGUGUUUGCAUUGCUCAAUCGCAGAAAAUACCACGUGAACCAAGACCUGGAGAAUUUGAAAAAAUUAUUAAACGCCUACUAGAAACACCUAAUGCUCGGGCCGUGAUUAUGUUUGCCAACGAAGACGACAUCAGGAGAAUAUUGGAGGCAGCAAAAAAAUUAAACCAAAGUGGUCAUUUUCUCUGGAUUGGUUCCGAUAGUUGGGGAUCCAAAAUAGCACCUGUUUAUCAACAGGAGGAGAUUGCAGAAGGGGCUGUGACAAUUUUGCCCAAAAGAGCAUCAAUUGAUGGGUUUGACCGAUACUUUAGAAGCCGAACUCUUGCCAAUAAUCGAAGAAAUGUCUGGUUUGCAGAAUUUUGGGAGGAAAAUUUUGGAUGCAAGUUAGGAUCACAUGGAAAAAGAAAUAGUCACAUAAAGAAGUGCACAGGCCUGGAGCGAAUUGCUCGAGAUUCGUCUUACGAACAGGAAGGAAAGGUCCAGUUUGUAAUAGAUGCUGUGUACUCCAUGGCUUAUGCUCUCCACAAUAUGCACAGAGAUCUUUGUCCUGGAUACAUUGGGCUUUGUCCACGAAUGAGUACCAUCGAUGGAAAAGAGCUACUUGGUUAUAUUCGAGCUGUAAAUUUUAAUGGCAGUGCUGGGACACCUGUGACUUUUAACGAAAAUGGAGAUGCUCCUGGACGUUAUGAUAUCUUCCAGUAUCAAAUAACCAACAAAAGUACAGAGUACAAAGUCAUCGGGCACUGGACCAACCAGCUUCAUCUAAAAGUGGAAGACAUGCAGUGGGCUAAUAGAGAACACACACACCCGGCAUCUGUCUGCAGCCUGCCUUGUAAACCUGGGGAGAGGAAGAAAACGGUGAAGGGAGUCCCUUGCUGCUGGCACUGUGAGCGCUGUGAAGGUUACAACUACCAGGUGGACGAGCUUUCCUGUGAGCUCUGCCCUUUGGAUCAGAGGCCAAACAUCAACCGCACCGGCUGCCAACUUAUCCCCAUCAUCAAACUGGAGUGGCACUCGCCCUGGGCUGUGGUGCCCGUGUUCAUUGCAAUAUUGGGAAUCAUAGCCACCACGUUUGUGAUCAUGACCUUUGUCCGCUACAAUGACACCCCCAUCGUGAGGGCAUCCGGACGCGAACUUAGUUACGUGCUCCUCACGGGGAUCUUUCUCUGUUACUCGAUCACCUUUUUAAUGAUCGCAGCACCGGAUACCAUCAUAUGCUCCUUCCGACGAAUCUUCCUGGGACUUGGCAUGUGUUUCAGCUAUGCAGCCCUUCUCACCAAAACAAACCGAAUCCACCGAAUAUUUGAGCAGGGGAAGAAAUCGGUCACCGCCCCCAAGUUUAUUAGCCCGGCAUCCCAGCUGGUGAUAACCUUCAGCCUCAUUUCCGUCCAGCUCCUGGGGGUGUGUGUCUGGUUUGUUGUGGAUCCCCCGCACAUCAUCAUUGACUAUGGAGAGCAGCGGACCCUAGACCCAGAGAAAGCCAGGGGGGUGCUGAAGUGUGACAUUUCUGAUCUCUCCCUCAUCUGUUCACUGGGGUACAGUAUUCUCUUGAUGGUCACUUGUACUGUUUAUGCUAUUAAAACAAGAGGUGUCCCAGAGACUUUCAAUGAAGCCAAGCCCAUUGGAUUUACCAUGUACACCACCUGCAUCAUUUGGUUAGCUUUCAUUCCCAUCUUUUUUGGUACAGCCCAGUCUGCAGAAAAGAUGUACAUCCAGACCACAACACUUACUGUCUCCAUGAGUUUAAGUGCUUCAGUAUCUCUCGGCAUGCUCUAUAUGCCCAAGGUUUAUAUAAUAAUUUUUCAUCCGGAGCAAAAUGUUCAAAAACGCAAGAGGAGUUUCAAGGCUGUGGUGACAGCAGCCACCAUGCAAAGUAAACUCAUCCAAAAAGGAAACGACAGACCAAAUGGCGAGGUGAAAAGUGAACUCUGUGAGAGUCUUGAAACCAACAGUAAGUCAUCAGUAGACUUUCCGAUGGUCAAGAGCGGGAGCACGUCAUAAUAGAUCCUCCUCUACCAAGACAACAUAUAUCAGCUACAGCAAUCAUUCAAUCUGAAACAGGGAAAUGAUACAAAAUGAAGAUAUCUGGUGUGUGAUCUUAAACAAUGAACACGACACCUCCAAAACUUACUCCUGGAAAGCUCUGUAGACUACAAUCAAUCAAAUCAAUAGUCAAUCUUGUAAGGAACAAAAGGUAGCCAUGAGCCAAAAAUAUCAAUAACAGAGUGAAGAAAACCUUUUAUACACUACAACCAUUAAGUGUCAAGCUAAAGUAUUGCUUACUUAUGAGCAGUUUAAAAAUAAAAAUAAAAAACACAAAAGGAAAACUAAUGUUAGCUUGUGAAAAAAAAAUGCUGUUGAAAUAAAACCAUGUCUGAUGUUAUUCUUGUAAGUAUUUUUCUGUGAUUGUGAGAACUCCCAUUCCUGUCCCACAUUGUUCAACUUGUAUAAGACUAUGAGUCUCUUUCUUGUAAUGGCUGACCGGAUUGAAGCCCUGGGUUGUGCUAAAAAUAAAUGCAAUGGUUGACGCAUGCAAUUUUUUAUACAAAUAAUUUAUUUCUAAUAAUAAAGGAAUGUUUUGCAAAUGUUGAGAGUUGUUUCGUUGCAGUUUUCAAGCCAGGGAAAACUUUCUAAUUGGCACUUCUGCUGUUUCUAGAUGACCAUUGUAAAAGCACUAGUAUUCCAAGAAAUACAAUUUCCUCAAGGAAUGUGUUUUUGUACAUCACGUGUAUAUGAAGAAGACUGUCUUUUAUUCCUAUAUGAAAAGACAUUACUUGUGUAAGAUUUUGUGAAUAAUUCAAAAUUGAUGCAGUAACUUUUCAUUGCAAUUGCUUCUUUUUGGAAGAAUCAAGCAAAUGGCUUGACAUAACUUGCUGCAAGGAGUAUUAUACUAACAUCUGACAAGUUACUGAAAUUCUGGUCACUGAAAGUCUUCAUUUUCUAAGUCAAAACUUUUGCAUCAUAAAACAGUCCAAGGUAUAUACUAAAUACCUUUCCUCACCUAGGCCUCAUUGCCACUGAAAUCAGUGAAGUAAUGGGCCUUACCUAGUAGUUCCUCAAAGCAGGAGAUUAGCAUAUUUAUUCCCUCCAGCAUUACUAAAGAAAGCACAGUUCACAUAACAUGUCAAUGCUUUCUUAUUUUCCAAAUGAAAACAUUCAUUGGUUCAUAGAACAGUAUCAUUAAAGUGAAAGAGGGGGAAAAAAAAAAAGGAGCUUGUGUCAUGCUAAUAAACCACACUAGGCUGGAUAAAGGAGCCCAUUAAAGGCUUUCAAAUCAGUUACCAUUUUGUCAUGGGUUCCUCUGUUCUAAACAAUCCCAGACAUCUAUCAAGUCAAUGGGUCUCUACAACUAUUUUGUUAGUAAAUGUUCUCUCUGCUGAGUUAGCUCCGAUGGCUCAUUGCACUGCUUAUAGAUAUAAAGAGCGAUCUGGGCUCUGUAAUUUUCAUCCAAGUAUUGACAAGUCACUUUAUUUAGUAGAGAGAAUUGAAGUAGCAUAAUGUAGUCUCCCCCAACAUGUAAUUUCCUAGAUAUCUACAUUGGAAGAAAACUGCAUAUAAAAAAACAAACAUGCAUUUGUCCUCCUUUUGUUGGGGUUCACCUAAUAAUGUGAAUUAUUUGAGAUAAUAUUUAAAUGAAAGAAAACGGACAUUGUUCUUAAUUUUUCAUAUAAUUUGAAUUGCUGAUAUAAACAAUCCUGCAACAGGAUCUCAAACCAAUAGGUGUGCCUUUCUAGAUAAACCUAGUUUAUUUUAAAACAAAAUAACCCCAUGGAUGCUUCUUUGCUACAUUUUACUAAGUCGUGUAGCUCAUAUCAAUAGCCAUGCCAAGAAAAGUAAUUAUAAUUAUACUUUAAUUUGUAAGUUGACAGUUUCUUUGUAUUGGGGAUUGUUAGUCCUUUGUAAGAUUUUUUUUUAAAACUUAAUUUUAAGUAUUAAGUAUCCACACUUCUACUCAAAUGUUUGAAUUUUGUCUUGUAUUUAAUUCAGACAGCAAAAUUCAAGCAUAUUUUUUAUGAUUUUGUUUACUGAUUGACUCUAAUCAGGAUGAGUGGAUGCAACAGGGUGAUUAUAAAAAUAAGGCUGCCUCUUAGGAAAAAGUGUGUUGCUGUUAGUGUUGGUCCAUUUUGCUUUGCUUUCAAAGUUUAAGGGAGAAAAAAAAAUAUGUAUUAGGCGUAAUUCACGAUAUCUCAGAAUUGUUUUUUUCAACUAAAACUUACCAAUAAGUUGUGUUUCCUAAGUACUUUUAUAAAUAAUUGAUUUUUACUGUUCUGCAAAAUCUUCUUUAACUCAUCACAGAGUUGAAUAGUAAUUCUCUUGGUUUUAUAUACGCCAAUCAUCCUUUUCAACAUCAUCUCAGUGGGAAACUUUUUUUUCUGGAUGCAGCCAUCUCCUUCCCCUGGCAGUAGGAGGAGAGAGUCCCUCAACCUCUUACAGUAUUUGCUGAAGAAUUCUGACCUCUACUGUGGUUAUUUUUUCAGGGAUUUUGCAGAGGGCUCAGGAGGUAGUCUUAUAGGCUAGGACAAAGUAGAGAUGCCUCCUAUAAGGAGAAAGAUUUAGCAUCUGCUAGCAAUGGUUUCUAAGUCCCAUGCUUUAAAGUGCAAUGUCUGUGUACUAUAGAUAAGCAAAUGCAAAAUGCGUGGAAAAAAUAUAAUAUUAUAUUCUAUGGAAUCAGCCUUGUGUUUUAUUCUGGAUAAGAAAUGUCACAUCUAAUCUCAGCAUGACAGAGGGAUUGCUUAAAAAUGUGGCCCAAGGUAAUAUUUAGCAAAUGUCAGUAGUAGACAAUGAGGGAUAUAUUAGUGCGACCUUGGGCCAAAUUUGACCUCAAUUAAAAAAUAAAUUUUAGCUUAUACUCAUUCAUAUUUAAAUAUGUCUAGAUCAAUUAUGGUUGAUCUGUCACGGAUUAACUCUCCUUUGGAGGAAAGCUGUACAAAUUUCAACUUGAAUGAUGACCAUUGGAAAAUGAAUAGGAAAUAAAUGUCCUACAUAAUUCCUAGUAAUUCAUAAGAAAUAUUUUGCAGAAAAAAAAUUGGCAUUUCAAAUAAGUAUUGUUUUAUUUAAGGAGGUAGAGCUCAGGGGAAUGCCAAAACAGUGCUCAAGCACCCAGAGGACACUCUCUGUGAUAAUUCUGGGCCAAGUAGGCUGGACAGCUCAAUGCAAAAGACUGAGAAUGCAACACAUUUCAGAUCUUGUGCUUUCAGGGACCAAUAGGAUCAUGCCAAGAAGCUGGAAGUACAUUCAACAAUGCUGGAAGUAGAGUGUUGGGACUUGUUGUACCAGGGAUUGAACUAAGUUCUGAUACAUACAAAGCAUGCGCCCCUGAACACUGACCUAUCUAUCACCUCAGUCCAGGGUUAAUUUGUUUAGUUAAAUUAAAUGUGUAUUUCUGUAAAUGUCACUAGAUUAAGGAUUAAGGAAUUUGCCCCAUGUGUAUCUCCCCAUCCUCCAACUCCUACCCACUGCUCCACUCCUUGCAGUAAGGAGUUCUAUUCUGUUCUCUGUUCUCUCUUAUAUACCAAUGACAUUGUGGAAUAAAUAUUAAAAAUGUUCUAAAUUACAUCAGCCAUCAUUGAUAUUUGGUCAGCAACUUUUA